GCUCGCAUGAGAACGCGUUAGUUCGUAUUUAUGUCCUGCGGAUUUGUUAGUACUUAUUAUUAUAUUUUUAACUAUACCCCACUUCCUCCUCGUCUUAAUCUUAUAACUUGUCAAAAAAGACUUAUUGAUUUGACUUUUGAAGAUGAAAUCGGAAGAUUUCCUUUGGAGUGUUUUGUUUUUAUGCAUUUUGUCAUUAAUUUUAGCAAAGGAUCAAUGCAGUUUGACUCUUCAAUCAGAUCGCCCACAGAAGAUAGUAAAUGGUUCGUGUCUGGUCUUCAACUGGCAGAACAUGACUUGUGUUUGGGAUCUGGAAGUGGUCUACAAACAUCCUCAUACCUCGGACAUGAGCAUUACAGCCCAAUACAAUACCACAGUGGAAGAUUUCACUCAUCUGGACUACGACGUAUCUUUGCAUUGGAGCGUGUACACACACUUGUCUCCUUGCAAAAAUAUAAAAAUUAAAGGAAAGUGCUUGUCUUGCACUAUUAUGGAAAAUGAUGGCAGAGACAGCUAUAAGCGGGGGACAUACGUGUUCGUUGUCAACAUUACCAACAACAGACGUCCGGAAACUAGCGUUUCAUCUCAUUUCUACUUCAAUACAGACGAAUUAGUACAACCAGCAAAAGUUGAAAACAUAAAGACAGAGGUCAAUAAAACAGAGAUGUUGAUCUCAUGGGUUCACUCCAAACCAUACAUGUCUUUCCAAUUUAAGAUUGAAUACAAAUCCGAAUGGGAAAGCAGUUGGAAGGAGGAAAUCUACACCAGAGAAAUCGACGACAUGAUCGAUUUGACAGAGAUAUCGAGGAGGAUGAGCAGACAGCUGACCAAUCUUAUCCCAUACACGACAUACGAGAUACGGAUAUCUUGUAUACCAAUAGUACAGGGGGAAGUCAAGGGGUUCUGGUCUGAAGUUACCACGACUAAGGCAAAGACACUUGAAGAUGUCCCAUCAGCAGUUCCUCAGGUCCAGCCAUCAUUUUUCAGUUGCUUGAAUAUACUAUGCGACGAAGUCGAAAUUUACUGGAAGCCUAUCGAGCAGAAGGAUAGAAGAUGUUCCAUGAUGCAAUACAAGAUUGAAUCAAUAUAUCCAAAGUCCCCUCAUAACAAACCAGUUUACGCAAAUCAAGAUUCAGUUUCAGCUAAGAUGCUUAUUGAUACAAAUGUUACAAAUAAUAUUAGCAUCAUACCUUUUAAUGGAAAAACCAACCAAUCUCCAGAUCUGGAACCGGCUAUUUUAGUUAUUCCACCAAAAUCACAAUGGCCAAAUUCUCCAGAUCAUCUUGAAGCACUGAGUGAUAGUAUAACAUCGAGGCACCUCACUUUGAGUUGGAGUUUUCCAGCUCAGUUCAGAAUCAUUCCUUUCAAUGGAGAUUUCACUAUUGUUUGGUGCAAAAAGAAUAAGGAAGGAAAAUGCCAGGGAGAAUUUCAUUGGUCAACCACAGUUUCGAACACGUCCCAAUUAGAGGUACCUGAAGGGACUACGGUUGAUGAUUAUAUGUAUGGAAUAGCUGCUGAUGGAUAUUAUAGAGGCGUGAGAAGCAGUAGUAAUAUAUCCUGGGUCGACUGCGUUCACUUCACUGAUAAGACUAUAUCAGAAAAGCUGAAUGUGAAGUUUGUGUUAGAUGAUAUUGAUCAUAACCAAAAGAAGAUUAGCUGGGAUCCAUACAACUGUAAACAGUUCAGAGGUCACGUGACACAGUAUAGAAUAAAGUAUUGUGAAUUAAGGAGUUGUGAAGAAACUUCAACAUUUGUGAACGUUAGCAGAUAUUUACGUAACUAUACAUUAAGGGAUCUAUCUCCCACUAAAUACAGUGUUUGGGUGUCCGCUGUUUCCGAUGCAGGACCUGGGCCUAGCAGUGAAAUGGAGUUUCUAGUCUAUGGACAGCCAGCCUAUUCCAGUAACAAUGAUACCAUAAAGAUUGCCAAAAUAAUUGGAAUAUUAAUCGGCAUGUUAGCAGUCACCUUGCUUGUGCUUUUGGCAUACUACUUUUGGAGACAUUGCAGGAAUAUAGAGGAAACGGAAAUUAUAUUACCUAAUAUUAAAAAAAAUGAGGAAUAUGACAAGACCAAAAGCUCUGCGUCAACAAGCGGAAGAGGAAGUUCUACCGAGUCUAGUCUUCCCGUCAGGCGUUUGAGUAGUGUUAGUUCCGGUGGAACCUCUGAUUCUGGAUGCGGACAAGCGGGAAAUUUUAACGAUGAGAAAACUUACAAGACCGAGUAUAUGCCGCUACAGAUUCAGAGUUCAUGUCUUCCUGAUUCUGUCCGGGACAAGUACUAUUAUCCAGCAGAAUUUCAGAAUGUUGAAAGAACUGGUGGAGAUACAUUGUACCCAAGUCAAGCAAGUAAAAGUUUAUCUGAGAGAAGUCGAUUACUUGGUCUAAAGGAAGAUCCUAUUUCUGAGGAAAGUGCUUACAUUUCAGACUUGAGCUCUAAAAAUAAGACUUCACAUUCUUUGGUGUCUUCCGAAGAACUUAAGCGCUUAGUGACGGUAGCAGACGAUAAAGCACACGAAUCAGACGACAGUUCUGGUGAUAAAUUACAAUAUAGUACAGAAGACAUUAGUUGUGUACUGGACAAUAGUGAAAGUGACUACAUUUUAGAUACGGGUACUAGCAGUUAUCAGGGAUCUCUGCCUGAAUAUCUCCCGCCACAUUCCAGUACAAAUAAUACAAAUAGGAAGAGUCCACCUCCUAUUACUUCAAGUACAUUUGAUGAAAUUGAAGGAUAUGUCUUACAUGAAUCAGUUUCUUCAACAUGAUAGCUGAAUGAAUGUUAAACUUAGAUAAAAUAUUAUAGUAAAAUUGUUCAUAAAUUACCUUAUACUUG